AUGAGGUGUCAGGGCGAGCAGACGAUACUCGGUUGCCGACCCGUCUUGAGCCAAAAUGUAGCAAAGUUAAUUGUACACACAAACAAGGUGAACAUGAAGACAGCGAACACGACUCAAGAGAAGCUGGGUAAGCAGAAGACCGUAUUCCAGCUGGCCAAGAACCAGUCGUACACGAGACCGGCGUCGGUCGUGAAGGCCGAGAGUCUCGAGAUGUUUCGGGAGACCAAGCGCUUACUGCGCGCCUCAGAUGGCACAUGUCAGGUGAGCUUGACGUCGUACAGACUGAAUAUGACAUGUGAGGCGGAUAGCUGUCCGUCCAGACAGACCUUCGUCACCGACUGUCAGAAUGGCAGUCGUGAGAUCGUUGUGCUGGAGCAUGUGGCCCAAUCGUCUGUCUCUUGUGUACCGGUAGUGAAGCGCACCGUCAAAAUGUGCAGGUCCUGCUGUCCAAGUAUUAACCAAAUGGUGACUAUGUGCAACCAGGGCAAGCGCAGACUGAUCAGAGUGUUCUGGGAGGAGGUGAACAAGUGUUGCGUCAAGCGUAAACUGGUUGAUGUACUGCCCUGCAAGGAAAGUUGCCCCGCCGACUCCGUGGUACAGACGACCUGUUUAUACGGUCAGCGCUUGAGGUACCGCAUUUACUAUGUCGGAGAAGCAUGCAGCCAACUGGUCGCAGCAGAAGCGCUCCCUUGUGAUCCUGCCAAUUGA